GUAAAUUAUCAAAGACAUGACUCUGAAUGUAAAUUAACUUCGUUUGUAGAAAAUGUUUUGUAAAAUGUAGAAAAAGUGCUAAGAGGUGUUGAAUCAAUAAAACGAACAAAUUGGGCGGGACACGUCCCACCCGGAAAUAGCUAGUUACGGAUGUGAAGCAUCAAUGAUGUUUGCGCGUGUGUAGUAAGGUGUCAUCUACGAGUCUUAUUUACAAUUGCUUUUGAGGCUGGCAUAAAUCACUAAAUACCAACAAAGAUGUCCGAAGUAGUAAAAUUUACUAAAUUGAAAACAUUAACAGACCCGAGCUUCUGGGCAAAAUUUGCAGAACUGAAAUUAGAGAAAUUGAAGUUGGAUGAAAAGUCCAAGGUAAAUUUAUUAGGUAGUUUUUCCCUUCAACCAAUGAAUGAACCGAGAACUAAACCGUUGAUACUUGAUUAUGCAUCAUUUAAUGAAAAUGCAGAAACAAUUUCCAACAAUAUGGCAGUAGUUUGCUGUGGCUAUAUGAUUAAUACAAACACUUCAGAAGCAUAUCGCCAGAUAAAACCUGAAAAAUUUAUUCAAACAAUGGGCAAAUGUAUUACUGACAGUAUCAUAGAUGGCACAGCUUUGCAAGAACCUUGGCGACUUUCAGUAUUCCUAGUGCUUGCAUAUUCUGAUCUGAAGAAGUAUCAGUUUUAUUAUUGGGUUGCACAUCCAACACCUUUCUCUUUGCCAGAGAUCUAUUUAACUGAGCCUUCAAAACUUGCAUCUAGUGAAUUUACAACUGAUCAAAUAAGCAAAUUACACACAGGAUUCCUUCAGCUAGAUGCAAGAUCAAAGAACUUCUUUUCAGUGUUUGUGUCUGAAAAAAAUGACUUAACUGUUACUGACUUAUCGAAAGGAGUAGAAUAUGCAAGAUCAACUACUAAUGACAGAGAAGAUUCAAAACAGGCAAAAGAUGAAGUGUAUUUUGCGUUUUAUGAUCCUUGCACGAGUACAGAGCCCGGAUGGCCCUUGCGAAAUCUGCUGUGCCUAUUGCUGUUCCAUUGCACUACAUUUUGUCUUACACAGAAGAUCAAGAUCUUGUCUAUGAGAUGUGAUAGAGCGCAAACGACUGCUGUUAUAUAUACUCUUAUAAUUAAAGGACAGACAGACAUAGAAGCCAUGAAGAAAGCUAUUUUUGAAGGUCACUUAGUAGGUUGGGAAACUGGUGCACAUGGAAAAAUGGCUCCUAUGAUCGCGAAAUUAUCUAACGUUAUGGAUCCGGUCAAACUAGCAGAAAGAGCGAUCGAUUUGAAUUUAAAAUUGAUGAAAUGGCGCCUUGCCCCUGAUCUAGACUUACAAAAGAUCAGUAGUCUACGAUGUCUUCUGUUGGGUGCUGGUACGUUAGGAUGUUCCGUGGCGAGAAUACUCCUUGGCUGGGGUAUUAAUAACAUGACGCUCAUAGAUAAUUCUACUGUGUCCUACAAUAAUACAGUUCGUCAGAGCUUGUAUACGUACGAAGACGCGGUACUACGUCGACACAAGGCUUACGCUGCGAAAGACGCUCUGCUUAGAAUACGCCCUAACAUGAACGUUGAAGGUGUCGUUUUGCAUAUUCCUAUGCCUGGACACGUGGUUGGUCAAAGUAUGAUGGAGAAGACUGAGGAAGCAGUGAACAAAUUGCAAGAACUCGUACAGUCUCAUGAUGUGGUGUUCUUGCUUCUGGACUCACGAGAAGCCAGGUGGCUGCCUACUCUUUUGUGCGCCACGAUGAAUAAGAUAGCUAUCAAUGCUGCUUUGGGGUUCGAUUCGUAUACGGUGCAACGGCAUGGUACGCGCGAUAUAUCCGUUCCCCCUUCGUCCAAUAUUUUAUUAGUACAAUAUCCUGAGGGACAAGAUCUCGGGUGCUAUUUUUGUAAUGAUGUCACGCAACCCGGAAAUUCGCAAACAGACAGAACACUCGAUCAACAGUGUACUGUCACUCGACCGGGAUUGUCACAAAUCGCAGCAGGUUUGGCGGUUGAGUUACUUAUGGCGAUAACACAACAUCCUCAAGGGAUUUCAGCUAAAGCUCUUACGAAUAACAACACAAAUGAUCAUACAGAGAAUGCAGAUAACCCGUUGAUAGGAAUAUUAGGCGGCGUACCUCACACGAUACGUGGCUCACUUUGGGGCAAUGAUAUGAAAUUGACGGUCACAUAUAGAUUUGCAUCCUGCACGGCUUGUUCGGUGCCCUUAAUCAAAGAGUAUCGACAACGAGGAGUCGCUUUUGUGCUCGAUGCUUGUAACAUACCAAAUUAUCUUGAGAAAUUAUCAGGACUCGAGGAGAUAUUAAAAAGACCAGAUUUAGACGAGUUAUGUAAGGAAAUGGAUACCACAAGUGAAGACGAAGAAGCAUUUUUCGAGGCAAUUUAAAUAUUGGAACACAUACGCAAGCAAGAUUGCGUCGAAUACGAACGCGAACGUGAACUUUAUAUUUAAGUUAUUUGCACCGUUUGUACAAAAAAAUGCUAUAUGAUGUUUAUAUAAGCUGUAAAACACAAUAGUCCUGAAACAACUUAAUUAAAGUACAUUUUGUAGAAUCAAAAGCUUCAAAAGGAUAGAGAUUUGUUAACAGAAGAGAUAUGUAUAUUCUAACCAAAAGGAUCUAUGCUUCUGUGGUCUUUCAAUUGUACUUUGAAUGUAGUGCAUUUUACUCGAAGCCGACAUGUUUUGUACAUCUGUGAUGCAUAGUUUUCUUAUUAACACUGAUUUCUUAUUUACUGAAUGAUUUUUAUACGCAAGCUUUUGUAGAAAUGUAGGUGAUAAUGCGUCAUUUUUGCGAAAACACGAGGUUCGUCUUAUCUAUAAGUAAUUGCAAUUUUUUAUUUUACUAUUGAGGAUUUAGAUGUUAUUUUAAUUUAUAACAUACACAUGAAGCGUGAAGCCGUUGUAUGCAUAAUUUCAUGAUUUUUAUGCGAUGUUAGAGAGUAAAUUCCCCGUAACUCCAAAUCGAUGUUACAUAAUUUGUCAAUGUUGCAUUGUUCCAUAAAAGAUUUUUCAAUCGUAAA